AUGUUGGAAUCAUUAGUUGAAAAGCUACUGAAUAAAUUCCUCGCGCCUUAUGUCGAGGGGAUUGAGAGGAACCUCCACUUGGGGGUAUGGUCAGGCAACAUAGUUCUAGAGAACCUGAAACUUAAGCCGCAAAUAACCGAAAUCUUAGAUCUAUCGUUUAAAAUAAUCCAUGGUAACAUAGGUAGAAUAAAUAUACAAAUUCCAUGGAGUAAGUUAGGGAAGAGUCCUGUGUGUGUGCUCAUUAAAAAUGUGCACAUAUAUAUAAAACCAAGAAGCUACAAAAAAAGCGAAGAUGUAAUCAUCGAAGAGUUGAGAAAAGCCAAAAUGCACAGACUGGAACUAUUGGAGGAAGAAAUUUCCCUGAUUAAACAACAGAAAAAUAAGGAAAAGUCAACAGAAAAGUCCACACUUAUAUUUAAAUUGUUAAAUAAAAUUAUUAACAAUAUCCAUGUAGACAUUCAGGACAUUUUAAUUCAUUUUGAAGACCCUGAAAAGAAUUUUUCCAUCGGAUUUAUUCUCAAGUCAGCCUCCGUUAAGAAUUGUCUUGUGAAGGAGGAAAACCCGGCGGAGGCUGUCAGUUCCGGUGCAAAUGCGGGUGCAAAUUCGAGUGAGGAAAAUAAGAAGUUAAAUCACAUGAUCGAGUUCAAGGGGCUGUGUAUUUACAGCAACAGUAAUAUAAGGAAAAAGCGCAGGAGGAGGAAGAGAGAAAAGGGGAAAACAGGACGCGAAAGCGACCAAAAUAUCUCUGAGGGGCCCCCAAAGCGGCAGGUCACCAGCGCCUCGUCCGAGUCGUUAACAAGGGGCGACCCUGAUAAGGACGAACGGGAAGACCUGAAGAUUAGGUCAUCUCUGUCCGACGAUGAAGAUGAAGAAAAUGAUGCGAGUGGCAGAGUAGACAAUUUGGACCGUUCAUCCAAGGAGAAGAACGACUUGUCUAUUAGUUACGACAAGAAGGAGGAGCUGACGCUCGAGUCCAAGCUAGGGAAUACCGAAGGAGAAGAAGAUCAGAAUGGUGAUAGUAAGGACAACUACUUGAAAAGAACUCUAACCCAAAUUAGCAACUUUUUAAAAGAUGACGACAGCAAAAUUUUAAACUACUAUAAUUUUGAGUAUCUGAUAAAGCCGUUCGAUUUGGUGUUGCCAGUGGAGCAGUCCAGCAACAAAAAGGAGCUGAAGGCUAAGUUAGAAAUAGGGGAAAAAUGGGAAGGAAUUACGCUAACCAGGACACAAAUUACAAAAAUUAUCGAAAUAAUGAAUGAAGCCAAUAAGUCCAGGAAUCAGACGAACAAAUUGUUACUAAAGUAUGCCUGUACAGUCAAGCUAGACAUAGAAUCGCUGCGAAAUGAAACCAAAAACGAAUUUAUGAAUUUGUACAAUAAAGUUCUUGCAGAGAAGUACAACAUAUCAACCACUGAGUUGACCUCCCAGGAGAUGGAACGGUUGCAAAUUUUGUAUGAUGUAGUUGGGGUACGGCAUCUAGCCAAAUGGAGAUUGCAAUGUAAAAAUACGUUGGAAAAAAUAAUUGAAGAAAAAAAUUUGAAAAAAAAAUAUCUGUACGACUCUAUAUAUAAGCAACAGUCCUGGUGGUCCUGGGUCACUGGUAAUAAGAAGGACAUUGAAAAGAAGGUGCAGAGUAUUUUAAAUAGUGAGCAAGACAUUAUAAAUGAGAAGGAGUUGUACAUUUUGCAGGAAGCUAUGACGAACGAGGAUAAUUACGAUGUGGUCCUUCCAACCAAAUAUGAUUUUCAAUUCAAAUUGGCAAAUUUUUCUAUCAACGUGUAUGAUGAUUGUAAGAAGAGGAGAAGAAGACGGGUGUUGCUUGAGCCAGGGGAAUUAGUAGAAAAGGGAAAAAUUAACUCAAAUGAGUACCCUAUUGGUGGAAGCGCAACUGAUGGUAGACUAACAGAAGGAACUUCCAAUCCGAUGAGCAACCCACUGGGGGAUGAAAUAUCCCUCAGUGGAAGUGAAGACACCCUGAUGAAUAACUCCCCAGCUAUGAGUCCGGCCAACAGUAACUAUAUCAAGAAGGGGAUCAGAUAUGAAGAAAUUAAUAUACUGUCGAUAAAUUUUUACCAAAUAUAUUCUUCGCUGGCGUUACAGUCCGUGGUGGAUCACAAUGACAAUGAUAAUUUCCAAUGGAAGUUCAUAAUCGAGUUACAAAAUUUCGUAGCAAAGCAUAAGAAUAAAAUUUUUAUGGAGUUCAGAACGAACAAGAAUUUAUUCCCCAACAAUGCUAGCAGUACAGGAAAUAGCCUUUACCAGAAUGCAAUUUAUUAUUCUUUGUUACAUAGCCAAAGUGUGUGUGCCUAUGUAGAGAUAAAUCACUUAGUGACUGACAAGGGGAACACCCUAUCCUCUCUGUUAAGGUUGAAUCCGCUGGAGCUGUAUGUGUCUCCUUUACUUAUUAAGAAUAUCCUGUCCUUUGCCUUUCCGCUAAUAGAUAUUGUUAAUAAGAAGCACAAGUCUGUUUUUCGAAAGUGCAAGGGGAAAGGCUCUGCUGUGGGCGACGGUGCGGCGGAGGCACCCCUGAAAAAGGUUUCACUGAAAGAGGCUUCCCUGCCAGAUGCGCUUCCCAGUGAAGAGCUCCCAGGAAAGCCUCCCCCCGGAGAGACUCCUAGGAGUGCCGCGGGGGAUGAUCAGGCGGACACUUCGGAGGAUGACGAAGAAGACGACGAGGCGCUGCAGCACAUCAAGAAGAUGGAGCAGACGGAAUUGAUAGAGGGGUUGAAAGAGAAAGGAGAAAACGUAUACAACAGGGCAGUCCAGCAUUUGCCGGAGCUGUUCGAAUUUUACAUUCAUAUAUGUGGUCCAAUAUUACACUUUGAUAAUUUAACCAACGGCAUUGUCGAAUUGCACUUGGGUAAUUUGAUAGCCAAAACGGAGUUCCCCUGUACCUGCCACAAAUUUAACUUAAUUUUUGAAUUCAACGAAACCCAGAUAACGUGUUUGAAGGCGUGUCUGCAGGGAGGUGGGGGCACGUGUAAGGGUAAAAAUGACGUGGAUGUGAGACAUGCUGAGGUGGACUUGGUUAGUGAAUUGCCCUCCAUCAAAGACGACAAUACACCAAAUAUACAGGAGGCACAAGAGGGGGAGGGGGGGGAGAUCCCCCCCAUGGAGGAAACCCAUUUGAAGGACAGCUACUGCGACCGCAUAAAGGAAAAGACACAGAAGAGUGAAAAGUUUUACAUACUGCAGCCCAUUCCUGUAAAGGUGUACGUGGAAUACGACUUGAAAAUUUUGAAGACGAACAUUAUUUUGGACGGCAUUUUUUUCCAAAUAAAUCCAGACGCAGUAAGCAUCAUAUUGGCUGUGCCGACAUCCAUUACGAGGUAUUUAACUCGGUUCUACUCAAAAAAUAAAAAAGAAAAAGAUUUGCUCAAAGGUAGGAAGAAGACUUCAGUGGAAAAGAAGACAGUUUCUUCUUCCAAGGGGGAAGAAAAUAUUUGCUUGAAGAUUCCUUCCGCUGAUGGAGCUUCGAAGGAGGGUAACCUGGUCAGUGUCCAUGCUCCGAAUGACGAUGAGUCUAAGGCCAACCUGACUGAUGCGAACCAAAUUAACAAACCGGAGGAAGAAUCCUUUCUCUAUGACAUCGACUUUUUAAUUAAGAAUUCAGCGUUUUCCAUUAAAAAUGGGAAAAAUAGAGAGGUGCUCAAGUACGAGGCCUGUGGAAUAUCAUACAAGAAUUACCUGCAGAAAAAAAGGAAAAUUGUGAAGGUUGAAAUAGAGCAGUUGUGGAUUUGUGACCCAAGUAAUAGGCAGCCAAUUUUUUUUACUUUAACGAAGAAUGUGAAUUCGAAGGAUAUAUUUCUCUUCCGGUCGUUGUCGACUUAUUUGGAGGAGAAACACAACGCGAUGGUUAAUGGGGGCUACGCUCAAGGGGGGGCGGUACUACCAGCACCGUCGCCACCACAGCCACCACCAGGAGGAGAAGGGCACGGCACCAAUUUGGGGACCCCGUCCAGUGAAGAUGCAAGCAGCGAUAAGCUUGAUAGAAGCUGCAGGGGGGGUAAUAGCGUGAGUAGAGAUGCCAGCAAUGAAAAUAACAGCUCGAGGGGCAUAGAUCGAUUUCAAUCGGCUCAAAGGAUAGAGGAAUUUAUGGAGAGUGAUUUUCUGAGGGAAGCGAAGGAGUGCCCCCCCAAUAAUGAGCUGGAUAAAAGUGGGCAGGUGAGCAGACAUUCGAACGGAAGUAGCCCUAACGAAGCGGGAGCGGCGUUGAAAGUUGGUCACGCGGUGGACGAGGAGGAACGCGAUGAUGGAGACGAUGACGGCGACGGCGACGACGACGACUUCAUGGACGCCAUCGAAGAGAAGCAGCUGUCCAUAAACCUGCAAAUUCUGCAGGAACAAAACGAAAUCAACAGGGCCAGAACGCACGUGAAUUUGAUCAUCAGUGACAUCGAGCUCCACUGGAAGUACAAAACGAUCAAGCAGAUAUUCAAAACGAUGAAGGAAUAUAAGAAAAAGCUGCAGUAUGGGAUUGAGAAGGACAUGAAGUAUAUCAAGAAUAAGUUAAAGAAUGAGGAGGAGUUAAAAAAUUAUAAGAUGUUCAUUUCGGAACACACCUUGAGGAGUGUGCAGCAGACCCUAAAUAAUGUAAAAAAUUCUUUGAACAUUUUAGACAUAGAGUCUGCUAGGAAGAACAAUGAGGAGGAGUUGAAGGAGGAGGAAAGCCCUGUUGUAGGGGACAGCACACAUGCAGGAAGCGCUGAGAUGGGGCAAGCUCCAGUAGACCCCAAGGAGGUGAACCUCCUGGAACCAUUGGACAAAGGUGAGCAUAUAGUUGGAAGGAGUACACAAAGCGAUGACGGACAAAGUGGUGACCAUGUCGAUGGAGAUGGCGAGGGGGAUAUCCUUAGCAAUGGGUUGAAUAAGACCUUACCGAAAUUAUACGGGCAGAAGAACUCCUACGUAAAGUACUUCUUCAAUUGUUACAUCAAGAGUGCUUCCCUAGCCUUCUGGCAAAAGAGGAAGAUUUUCUCAAAAAUUCAAGUAAGCAGCAUAUAUUACGAAAAUAAGGUGUACUUAAAUUUUGACCAGAAAAUGUUCGUAAAUAUUGAGAAGGGCAUCAUAUCGAUGAAUAGCAAAAAUAUCAUUUCGAACAAUAUAAAUGAUUACACAUAUGAUUUGUUCAUUUCGAGGAAGAGCAAAAGGUUUGGUGCCACCGAUUUGGAGCAGAUGAAAUCCAGUGAGGAUAGCAAAGGGGAAAAUGUGAAGGUGAUGUCAGAGAGACGAAACAGUAGAGAUAUUUUAAACUACAUCAGUGUGGAUAAUUUAUCUGAGGAAAUUAAGAAAAAAAAAAAAAAAUCGAGCAAACAGAAAAGGCAAGAUUUAUUUGUUGGAAAAAUUAAGGUAUACAACGACAAGAGGAAUUAUAACAUAUGUUUGCUCUGCGAUAUAUCCAGCAUAUACUACAUUUUUUAUUUACGCGAUUUGAAAUUAUUUCUGGAGUAUCUAGAUGAUGGUAUUUUGAAUGUGUUUAUAAGUAAAUCGUAUAAGAAGGUGGUACAGGUAGCUCAGGCGAAGUAUUUUCUCUUCCACUGCACCAUCUUGGAUCCUGUUGUUAUUAUUCCGGAGGAUAAAAAUAUAAUAUAUAAUUAUCGUGGGGAGGUUAAGAAUGUGUCUAAGUGCUCCAAGGGAAGCAGCACCAUCAAUGGGGGUGGAAAUGGUAAUCGAGGGGGGAACUCUAUCCCUUACAUCGAAUCGUAUUUGAAAUUCCAUUUGGGCACUUUAAAAUUUAAGAAUUCGUAUACGAUAAAUUACACCCAAGAGAUCGUCGAAAAUCAACGAAGUGCGCUACGCGAGAGGAGAAAGAGGAAAAGGCAAGCAAGACAGGCAAGAGGAGCAAUCCAAGGAAGAGCUACGCCAAGGAAGCGUCAAAUGGAUGUCCAUUGCAGUGAUAUAGGCGGUAGCUCGACCCCAGAUGAGGCAACAGAAAAUGAAGAAUUGGAAAAAAAUAAAAAGACAUCAGCCGUUGGGGGGAAAUACGAUUUUACGCUCUAUGUCGAUUUGUUAGACGUGGAAAGUCGCGCCUGUGAAAAUGGGGGCAGUACCAACGUAGAAGGGAACAUUCUACAAAAAGUGAACAUUGGACUAUGCUUAGUCAGCAGCAAGGAUGGUAUUUUCAUUUACCUGAAUGGGAACAAUUUUUGCUUGGAUUUGACUGUAUUUCAAUUGGCCUUUUUGUUAGAUAUUAUUAAUGAGAAUUUUUGCUACAAGGGUUACUUCCCUAUGUGCUUCAUUUGUGAUAGGGGCGUAAACAUAGACAGCAUGUUGAACGCGGAGUGGUUCCGUAAGGGCAACAUCAAUUUGGGGAACCUGGGCGUUCGCCGCGGGGGGGAAGCGGUGACACAGGCUAAUGCCGCCAACGAGGCGAAAGAGAUGAACGAGGAAAAUGAUUUGAGUAGCCCCCUGGGGCCGCCAAACCCCGUCCAGAGUGAACCCGUGAAGAAGAACGGGAUGAAGUUAUACUUGUACAUAAACCUGGAGAGUCUAAAGAUUAAAACCUCCUUUGACGAAAAUACCCCAGUAGCCAUAAUAACGUUCCAAAAUAUAAGUAUGUCAUUCCACCUAGUUCUUCUAGAUUUUUACUAUAUAUAUUUUUUCGACCUGUAUAGUAACUCCCUCUACAUUGAUGAUGUGAGAAAGAACUCCAUCAACUACUACAAGAGAGUGGCGUAUUGCUGCAUCGAGAACGAAGCAAGAAGGGUGAAGAGGAAGAGGGCAGACAAGUAUUAUGAGGAAAAAAUGAGGGAGAAUUAUGUGAGGGAAAAUACCGAGGCCAAAAUGUCUCUAAUUAAAAAUAUGAGCGCAUCGGUGAAUAGUAACUCUUGCGUUUCGAACCUAGACGAGGAGAACAACAUGAGCAGCAGCGCUGCGAUGGGAAGCAGCCCGGUGGUUGGAAGUAACUCUGUGGUGGGAAGCAGCCACCCCACGGGAGAUCGCUGCGCACCUCCCCCCGCAGCUUCGAAGGACUACAAAGCACUGCUCCGGUACAUGUUCGAGAGUAAUGUAUUUCUGAGCGAGGCAAAAAAGAAGAAAAGGCAAAAGGGCAUAAAGAUAAGAAUCAAUUCCUUUAUAGAAGAUAUCAUCCUAAGCAUAGAAUUGGAUGAUGCAUACAUCUGCUGCUUUUUUGUCAUUUUUUUGGAUAUAUAUAAAUUCCUAUCUACCGGUUUUAAUUUGAGCACACUGCAUCUUUAUCCAAAGCCAUCUCCCUACAUCGUUUCGGCGAAGGAUCCAGGAAGGAAGAAAAGGGGGAAGAAAGUUGCGGGGGGCCAUGACCGUUCCCACCAGAAUGAUGUUGCUAAUGUAGGAGGGAACAAAGAUAAUUUGAAAGAGGAUAAGAAGGAAGCGAAGGGGAAUGGGACGAAUACGAAAAGGUAUGGUGUGGAGAAUAUUAGGAUAGAGGAAAAUGUUUUUAAAUCGGAGGCGAAAAGUGAAGCAGAGACAGGUGGACGCCAUGGAAAGCAAGAGAAGGUUACCCCAGUAGGGGGAAAAGAGGAAGACGAAGGAAAAGGUCACAAUAUUAGGGAUGGGGAGAAGAAUAUAUCGAGAGGAAGCAGCAUUAAUACUAGUCGAUACAGAUUUAUCAGAGAGCGGAUGGGGAAUGAGAAAAAUCAAACCAUAACAAAUAUAAAUGAAAUUCUAAAGUUGGAUAAUAAGCCUAUUCACAUAAGCUUCAAAGUGAACAAUGGAAAUUUUAUUAUCUUUACGAAUCUAGAGAAUGUGGCUCAUCCGAUUUUGUUGUGGUCGAAUAACUUCGUCUUUUCCUUCUCUCUGUUAAACAAGUGCAUAAUGUUUAGGAAAAUUUACGCUAUAAAUAGUAAAAUAAAGCGCAUUAAUUAUGUCAGUAAUUUUUCUAGCGAUUUGAGUAGAAACAGGAAAAGGGUGAGUGGUGUGCGGGGAGGAGACCCCAAGGAUGUGUCUAACCCACUGCACAAUUAUCAUAAGAAAAAAAUUUUACUGUGUGAUAAUUUAAAUGUUAAGGGGGAAGCGAUAUACGAGUCAGUGGACACGAAGAAGGAAAAUUAUAUUUUAAAAACGAAUAUGAAGGGGAAGGAGUACCCGGAGUUUAUCUCCGUUUUUGAUUUGGAUAUUCACAUUGGGAAUUUUGACAUACGACUGUCGAAUGACGAUGUGGAAAUUUUGCUUAGGGCCUCGUCGACCCUGUUUGGCGAUGUGCCCAGCUCUUACACGAAAAUCGUCGUUGGUGCGGUAAUCCCACCGGUCACGUUUAUUCACACCAAGAUAAAGAACAAAUUUAUGAGGAAUAACAUUUAUUUUGUGAUGAAGGAGGUGUUGGAUGGCCAAGCAGAAGGGGCAGGUGCAGAAGAUGAUGUAACUGGGAAAAGCGCGCGAGAUGGAGACGAGAGCCGCGCGCAGGAGCUGCAGAUAACGAACAUAAAUAAGCUGAAGGCGGGGAAGAGGAGAAAAAAAGGGAGAGCGGCCGUGGUGGCUGACGUUAGCAAUGAGGGGGAAACUGUGAAGCGGGAAGGAGACACCGCAUCGGAGGAGAAGAGUCUCGUUAUGACGAGAAAGCAGAAAAGUGAGUUAGACCUAUCCGAGUCGAGCAACAACGUGAUUGAAUCAUUUUCGUACAACGCUCUGUCUGAAAUUUCAGCGGACUCCAAUUUGACGACACACUCAGACUCUUCCUCCACGGAGUCGUACACAACGAGUAGAGUAUUCUCCAGUAAAUGUGCAGCGAAUAAUGAGUCGGAGUCUGAUUUGGCUAGCGGUAAUGAACAGGUGAAAUCAUAUCGAGACAUUAAAAUAGUAAUAAAGCUACACAAUGUGAAGUGUACGUUCAUUGACGACAUAAGAAAUUCAAUCGUGCCAAUAAUCAGGACGAUCAUGAGUAUGAGCAUUUGUUUGAAUUUUUAUUCAGAUGAAUGUUCGUACAAUAUAAAUGAUUUGAAUUCAAAGGUAGAGUAUUUUAACAACUGCAUUGGAGAUUGGGAACCCUUUUUGGAGAAGUGUAACAUUUCGUUAGACAUUCACAAGAUACUACCGACUGAUGCGAUGAGUGAAGACACAGAGUCUAACAAAUCUCCAAUCAGCAUAAUUAAAAUAAAUAGUGUUAACGCUUUAUGGUUUAAUAUAACUCCACAGUUAGUUAAUCUGCUAUUCUUGUUCCUUCCUGUAUUUACGGAGAAGGUACUUAAGGGUCUGAACAAAGAGGAAAACAAUCGAUGCAUGCCGAGCAACGCGUUAGAGAAGGAAGAAACCAAAGGGUCCCAUUUUUCCCUUUUUCACAAUAAUUGUGAAAGCAUUUCUGCUGAGCUAGAUGAGAAAAAACUUAGCAUUAAGAGCAAGAGCAUUUAUGAAGAUUGCUCGUCUGUUUUUGAAUCUGUUCCUGGUGACAUCGAUUCGAGCAAGGAGAAUGAUUUUCAUUUGGAUGAUUUCUUGAACAGAGAGGAAAAUCGACACAGUUGCGAUUGCCUGAGGGACAAUUCCGUUGUUUAUUAUGUUAACUUGACGAGCGAUUUUUUUUACGCCUUCGUGAUGCCUGAGAGUACCGUGGAAGAGGUGAAGAAGAAGCGCCUCUGUGUGGAUGGCAAGGGGAGAAGUUACCGAAGUGUACACGAAGGGGGCACUCCUACGGGUGUGGGGCAGAAGCAGAAAAAGGGAAGGACAAACCUUGCUGGGGCAUUCUCCAAGAUGGCAUUGCACACCACGAUGGGCAGUGGAAGCACGGGUGAUAAAGUGAAAAAGGAUAAUUAUCACAGUGAAGGAAGCGACGGUGACGAUUCGGAGACGGAUUGUGAUGCGGAGAAGAGUGCCCCCGAGUUGUAUGCCAAAAUUGUAACCACGAACGAGUUGGUUUCCCUAGAUCGAUUGCUUGUCAACGAGAUAGCGAACAACUCCUUGAUUGAGAAGAAGUACCUGUACCUGUACCUCAUCCCGAUUCCUCCCUCAAACGUGGUGAACGUUAUACAUGAUAUGUUUUCCCAUGUGAGCAAAAGAGACAUAGUGCUGGAUUUGAUGAUCACGAAGAAUCCGAAGAAGACCAUUGAGAAUUUGUUGUUGCACAGCCAAAGGAGAGUGGACGGAAAGAAGGCAAGAACAAGUGGGGGCAGCACCGCCAAGGGGAAGGGAAAAAGUUACGACAAUAACAAGUAUAACGCAAACACGGUUAGCGAUGACAGGGAUAAGGCAGGAAAAACUAUCGAGGGCACCGAUGUGGGGGCGGACGAAAUGAAGCAGUUUGGUCAGGAUGAGGGCGCCUCAGCACAUUUGAGAAAUGACGAUGUGUUCGCUUCGAAUGAUGAUUUGUCCCUGGAUGGGGAACGGCAAGAGGAAGAACUCCUCGACCAUGAGGAGGUUAGUUCCAAAGGGUACAGUGAGGAUGAGCUGGAGGAUGAUGAACACUCGGUGGAAAGCACCAGUAGCUCCAGUGAAAACCACUACUUUAGGUACAGCCAAAGGAGGAAAGAGAUGAUGGGAAACUCCAUUUUUGCCUCGAACAAAUUCGUAGGUCCAUUUUUGAAGCACUGCGAAUGUGUCAUUAUAAACUUGAUCAAGAACAGCUGCACGACUCUAACCACAUCCCUGAAGAGCAACAACGUGAUUCACAUGAUGAAGCCGCUGGACUAUAUUUUUGAUGAGGCCAAUAACAGCGGCAUCCCCCAGCAGGGUGACACAAGCGCAGGGGUCCGCGGAAGGGACGACGCAGCGCUGAACAAGUCAAGCGUGGACAAGCCAAUCAUGGACAGGCGAAGCAAAUUGGAAAUUUUGAACGAAGAGAUGGACAAGCAGACCAAUCUAUCCCGCAAGUAUCGACUGAAGAAUAAUUAUCUUCCGCUAACCUCACUCGCGGAGACAGUGUGUGAAAUAAUAUCUCCUAUGCCAAAUUACAAAAUAUUGUUCAUGUCCUCAACGGUUCGGAUUGUAAACAAGUGUGGCAUUCCUCUGGAGUUUUGUUUCUUCGAUGGAACGAGAAACCCCAUCUUGCUGACGUCUCUAGAGAAUAGGACCAUACCAAUUAGCACGCUCUACCCUAACCACAGCGACUCGUUUAAAAAUUAUAAGGUGUCUAACAGUUUGAAUAUAAAUCCUGAUAUUAAGUUGCGUCAGAAGAAUAAUAACAUGAGUUUCACGGUCAUUCUGAACCAUGAGUAUUUGCUGUCCACCCCCGAGUGUGCAUUUUGUGGCCCAUCGCAUGUGUACCUGUCCUUCAAGCCGAUAAAUUUGGUAAGUGAGGAGAACGCAUACUAUGAAGUGAUCAGUUCCAAGGGGAAAGGAGAGAUUUCUAGAGGUAGAGGUAUUAAAGAAGGCACCUCCUCUGCUGGAGGCAUACAAGGUUUGAAUAAGAAGAAUCAGUUGGAUAGCUCCAAAGCGGAAGGACAUACUUCCCCAGGGUGGGGGGAGAUUUAUAUGCCCGAUGGGUCAUCAUCUCCCAAGAAUGGGGCAAACGAACUGAUGGACACUUCCUCCAUCAGUAGCGAAAAGGGAUGGUCCGACAUUUUCAGCUCUGACAUUAACCAAGGGACAUACGUCAAGAAGUGCAAAAUUAAGGAUAGUAAUAAUUACCUUUAUUUUAUAGUUAAAAUUGAGAAUAAAAUAAGUGCCCUACCUGCAGAGAAAAAUUUAAAAAUUAUUACAAUAUAUCCCCAUGUGAGUGUAGUGAACGCCAUUCCUGCUUUGGUGGACAUAAUAAUUACAUCAGAGAUUUCAGACGAGAAACAAAACGAUUACGUGUAUGAGGAAAAGGGGAAGAUCGAGGUUUUAAAAAGCAAAAAGGUAAAGUUGUUGAGGCAAUGUGAAGAGAUAAAUGCAUACCUGAGCAAACUCACGUCGGUCAAAAACGUCAAUUCUGGCAGUAGUUCUGCAGGCGCCACAACUGCUACGGUGGGUGGUGGAUCGAGCAGUGGCUAUGCGCAUGAAUAUUAUUUGGGGAAGGGGGCACAGAACAACGAACGGGUGUACAUACAAGAGUUGAAGCGGUUGGAAAAGGAAAUAAGUAACAUCGAUGAGGAAAUAAAAGUGAAGAAAAAGGAGCUGUCUUCCUGCACUUCCAAUAAAAGUUAUGUGAACAAGCGAUUGAAUCCAUUUUCCAUUUUUUACAUUUAUGAAAUUAAAAAGUAUAGUUGUCUGAAUAUGAAAAUGAAAAUUGGAAAUUCUCAAUGUGAGUGGUCUGACAAGCUAUACUUGUUGGAGGAUGACGAAGAGUCUGUUAUGAGAUUUUCCUUAAAUUUUAAACGGUUCGCUUCUGUAGAAGUGGAGUUAAUAAAAAACUUCAGUGGGUAUUUCAAUUCGUUAAGUAGCAUAUUGGGUAAUAAACAGCUGUACAUUUUUUCUCUACCUCGAUGUUUUAUUGACAGAACGGGUUUGGGCAUCAAGGCCAUCAAUUCAAAUAAGUACUACCCCAUUAUUAACGGCAUAACUUUGUUAGGAUAUAAUUCACAAAUAGAUUUGUUGUUACCACAUAAGAUGUACCACAAUGAAUUUUUAAGGUCGUGCCGAAAUGGGGUUCGAAGUUAUGAAGUAGGGGGGGAAGAGACAUUUAACGACUACAGUGAUAUUUUCAACGAUUUUAAUUAUCCUUGUCCAGUUGACAACUCGCUGAUAUUGUUCAAGGCGACGUUGCCCCCCAUCGGCAGCUACACCGAGACGAGCGUGGUGUGUAAGAAUUUCUUUUACACCUUUUGUCUGAACACGGAAAAGAUUAAGACCACGAAUAUACCCUACAUCAUUAGCAGAAUAAUUACUGUGGUGCCUCAAUUUAUCAUUAGCAAUAAGCUGAACCACCCGAUCCUGGUGAAGCAGUUUCAGACUGAUAAGAUUCAGGGGGUUCGGCAAAAUGACACCUCUCCGUUGUACUUCCCGAAGAAGCAGAAUAUUUUGCUCUUCCGGUUUAGGGCGCUGGAGGGGGUGAAGGAGGACGAGGGAGGCGAUGAUGAUGGAGUUGACGUUAACAGUGGAGCUGGCUGUGGUGAUGGCCAUGGUAAUAAGAAGAGGGAGGACUACGUGCCCCUCCCAGCCAAGCAAUACAAGAUAAGCAAGAACCCAUUUUGGUCGUCGGUUAUAUUCCCGAGUGAAAACUUCGUGGGAACCAACUACAUGGUAGUCAGCAACAGUUCUGUGAAGGAGGAGAAAUCGGAAGUGUACGUAAUUACUUGCAUCCCUGACAUGGGCACGAAAAAUAUUAUAAUAGAAAGGUUAGAUAAUAAUAUGAAUAAAGGGUUUAUUGCCUACAAUUGUUCUAGCUUAGCAAGGUAUUUGAAAAUACGAACCUUCCACGAUGAUACGAAACACCUCAAAAUGGAUGAAGAAGAAAAUUAUAAACUUGAAAAAAAUAUGUUUCUAAAAAACUUCCUAAGCACAGCUGACAUGGAACAUUAUUUUAACAUCGAGUAUGACCAGUCUAGUUACCUCGGGUGGGUGAAUCCGUUCAUUUAUGUUACACGAAAUGUACAGAUAGAGAUCGUUCUGCACGACAUGAAAACUAUCCCAAGAACACCCUUUAUAUUAAAAUUCGCUCAGUAUAAUUACGCGCAGAAAUUAUUCCAGGUUUAUUAUUAUGACGUCAUUUUUAUCGUGUCCAUAGAGUAUAUACAAGACCUGAUAACGAUUAAGUUGACCCACCGAAUUAAUAUUUCUCGGGGAGUACCUCAUGGUGGUGGAGGAUAUGUCGCUACCACCACCCCGUAUGCUUAUGACUCUUGUGAGGGUAGAAGACUUUCUAAAAAUUCAUUGGAUAUGCAGGAUUACCACAAGAUAGAACCCGCGGAGGGAGGGUACGAAUUGAAGGACAAAAAUGGUCAAGAAAUGGGAGUUGCGAGAGGUUCCGUGGGGGGUAACUAUAUUCAAAAGAAGAUGAUGAUUGGGCAUAGCGAAUAUAAUUAUGUGAAGUCUCGUGCGGAGGAAGACUGUGGGGGAGAAGGAGAAGGAGGCGGAAGUGGGCACCAGGGUCAUGUGAGCGGAUAUAGCAACUACUACUACUACGGCGCGGGUAAACGGGAGGAAGUCGUGAAGAUGAUCAGUAACACGUAUAAAAAUGUGCACGUAAUUAUUAAUGUUACCCAAAUAGGGGUAAGCAUUAUAUCUAACAUCCUGAAGGAGGAGGUUUUCUUUAUUGAGUUGUCCAAGUUGUGUGCCCUUUUUUAUAUGAAGAACGAGGAAGAAGUUAUUGACAUAAAAAUUACGGACGUGCAGGUGGAUUGCCAGCUGGAAUCCUGUGAGAAGUGUGUGCUUUUGGCGAACCGGGGCAUAAGUACGAACAAUGAUAAAGGUGGUGGGGCAGCAGCCACAUCAGGAGGGGCUUCUACAGGGAACAGCGAAAAAGAAUUGAAGAGAAUUAAAGAUGCGUAUGGUCAUCACUCGCAGGGAAAUCGUGCCAAUGGGAUUAGUGCUGGGGGAAUAGGUAGAAAGGGCAGUUACGUGAGCGAGAUGGAUGAGCUAUACGGGCGGAAGAAUAGCAGCAGUGGUAUUGGUAGUGAGGGUCGAGCCCAUUUCUCAAACAACGAUAUAAUAAUGAGUAAGAGAUCUAGUGAGAGCGGGCCAGGAAUAAUUGGCAAAGGCAUGAACACAAAUGACGAGAAAAUAUUUUUAAACAUUUAUGUGGAGAGAUCUUUCAUAUCUCAUAAGGACGUGAUUUUUAAGAAGAUACAGGUUUCUUUGGACGACGUGGAGAUUGAAAUGGACGCCGAAACGUUAAAUGGAAUUAACCUGCUCAUAGCAGAGUACAUUGAAGGGAUAAGCAUUGUGCAGAAGAAGAACCUGCUCUAUGAGGAGAUAGAAAAGUGGACCAUUUUACCUGUCUAUGUGAAUUACAAGUCUCCAGAUAUCCCCUUAGCAAUAAACAUACAAUACAUGCAGAUUGACAAAUUCACUCUGAUCGUCUGGUGCUCAUUUCUACUGGACAAAAUGCACAUGAUGAGUGAUUUGUUGAGAAUCGGUUUACGAAUAUUAAUGGUUUCUGGAAAGUUAGAAUUACUAGGAGCACCUGUAACUCUCAAUCAGGAAAUCUUUAACAACAUCCGUGUUAGUUUGAAGUCUUUUUAUGCUCUAUUGAAAGAUAAGUACAGUCAUUCUAUUUUGGCAUGCCUAGGGUUCAUAGUAGGAUAUAGCAGCCUAAUUAACAUACCGAAGAUUCCCCUCGAAAUUGGACGGAAUACCAUAGGGCUAGCUGUUUACGCUGUGGAUAAUGUAAGUGUGGGUAUUGGAAGCUUCCUUUCUAAUUUGACCUUUGAUGCAGAAUACAUUAACAGGAGACAGAAGGAAAGGAACUUUAAAACAAAUACGAACAUGAAAGAAGGUCUCCUAAGUGCUGUGAAGAAUAUUGGGGAAGGUGUGCUAAGCUUAUCUAACAUUGUUACGAAACCAAUUGAGGGUGCCCAGAAGGAAGGAGUUGGUGGGUUCUUCAAAGGGAUAGGGAAAGGGGUAGCUGGAUCAUUGGUGAAGCCGCUAGAUAAAGUAGGACAAGCCGUAUCAGAUGUUACAAGAGGUAUAAAAGCUGAGGUGUCCAAACCGAUCGGAGGACAUAAGUACAAAAUCAAGAGACAUAGAAAGCCAAGAAUGUUAUGGGGAGAGUAUGGGAAAAUAAAAGAGUACAAUUUGCAUGAGGCUGAAUUGAGAGAAUGUCUAGGGUUGAAAUUUUCAAAAAAUAUUAUGAAAUGUUUGACGAUACAUAAACAGGAGAAUCAUCCCCCUGCACAUUAUUCUUUGUUGCUAUAUCCGAAGGUUAUUAUUUAUGCCAAUUUGUAUGCCAGUAUGUUUUCUGGUAGUAAGAGUGGUGAAUUUCUGGGGGACAAGAAGAGCGUCGGGGGGGGCGAUAUCGUCAUUUGGUCGCUCAGGAUUGAAGACAUCUCUGAAAUAAGGGCCUCGAGUCACGGGGUGAUAAUCCGUACAGGGAACUCCUCCAACAACCUCGUGUACAAAAUUCCUUGCAACAAUGCGCUUUUGAUAAAUAAGAUUUACCGCGAGCUGCACAGCUCGAAGAGUUCCAUCAAUUCGACCAUCAUCCUGGGGGAUGCACCUUCCUCACCGUGCGUGUAG